GUGCAGCACCCGGUGGAAGCACCUCUUCAAGUACACCACCAUCCCCGUGGUGUCGCUUUGCUUCACGUGGUGGCACGUCUGGCUGGGCAUCAAAAUGUGCUUCUACCCGGUCAACUUCAUCGGUUGUUGCCCGCCCGUGUGUGGAUGGCAGGGCAUCGUCCCGCGGCGGGCGGAGAUCAUGGCCGCGCGGAGCUGCGAGCUCAUGAUCGGCGGGGCCCUCGGCGUGCCCGGGGCGCUCGCGCGCAGGGGGGGCACGCGGGAGCCUCGAGACGCCGGGCGAUCGCAGGCACGGAGCAAGGGGGGCGUGGAUAUUGGCGACGGUAAAUGCGAGUGGAACGCGAAGCUUCUCCAGCAGAAGAAGGUGUGCUCGGGCUGUGGCACAACAGUCGAGCUCUACGCGAGGAAGAAGAAAGUCUCCUUCCAGCGGGACACGUUCAACUCGGACGACGAGUUCUUGGACGCCUGGCGCGCCGCAAACUUCGUGAAGGCCGACCAGAGCGAGUCCAUGGAGUACUUAACCUCGCUCGUGACCCUCCUUGGGAGCAAUGGCUGCAGGCAUUACGAGACCCUGGUGGUUUCUGAAGUGCGCGAGAUCUUCAGGACCAUCAGAGUUGCAGCAGAAAUGGAACCCUUACCGCCGAUCCAGGUCGAUCAGAUCUAUGCCAGCGCCAAGGCCAUGAAGGCUAAGGCGGGCAUGGGCGUGGACAUGCUGUCCCCAGUGGACUUCCAGCGGCUGCCAGGCCCAGCGAUCGCGGAGCUUGCGGCGGGGGCCAGUGCCAACGAGGUCAGUCGGAGCGCCGGACCCGAGCUUGCGUUGACCCGGGCCAUCCCCGAGGAGAGCUUCUUCCGCGAGCUGCAGCCCGUGCUCGUCGCCACCACCGCCGCGGUGCUGGAGCGCCUCGCGCGGAGCCGGUGCCCGCAGAUCUGGCAGACGCUGCCGGCCUACGUCAAGGAGGAGCUCAAGUCAAAGGUCCUCGAGAUGGCCCCCACGAUGUUCGAGCCAGUGCUCAACGACAUCAAGGCGAACAUCAACACCAUCGUGGACGUGAAGCAGAUGGCCAUCGAGAUCCUCAUCGAAAAUAGACGGCUGUUGGUGGAGAUGUUCCAGCAGAUCGGGGCCAGGGAGUUCACUUUCAUCCAGCACUUCUCGGUGGGCCCGUCUGCAGACCCAGUAGUAGACAGGGCCCGCUCCGACAAGUGCAGGGAAGGUGGAUGCCAGCUGCCGCACGUGGGGCACAUCGGCGUGGCGGCGAGGGCAUGUACCCUGGACAGGCCUGACGCUCGGGGUCCUUCGGUCCUGUGGUGCUGCCUCGGCAGCUGGCAGCUGAGCGCGACCUGCCCCUUGGCGGCGUGGGAGUCCCGAUUGCUGGCCGAGCCUGGCCCCGUGAGCUCCGCGCCGCAGGGGCGGGAACCGCCCCGUUCGAGCAACGCGUGGAGGCAGGGCCUGCGAGCAGGCUUCUCCUGGAGGGUGGGCGGCUUGGGCGGCGCCAGCGGUGCGGAGGCCGCGAGAGCCGGUUGGUGGAUGGUGUCCUGGGGCAGGAUCGCGGCGGUCGCGGGCGCGAUCCCUCGGUCGUUGGCGGGCUGGUCGACUGCCGCAAUGUUCCGUGGACCGCUGCUCGAGGCGAGUGAUGCGGUAUUCGGCGUUGACCAGGGCGGCCUCGGUGCCGCGGAGCUCGAGGGCAACCGUCUUGGCGACCCCGCCGGCUCGCAACACUCGCGCUCCAACGCAUCAGUCACCUUGGGCGACGCCGCAGGGCGGCAGAUGCCAGGAGUGGAGCAGAGGGCGACCUUCCGGGAUCGACGGAGCGUCACAGGGUCCAUGCAGAUCGGGAGGCUCGGCGGGAGCAGGCCGCCCCUCGACCUCUCGGCCUCUCGGCAGGCCCUGCGAGCCGGCAGGUUCAUCCUCGGUGCCUUCCAGAUGUGCUUGUGGAUGAUAAUCAACUCGACCGGCACCGAGGACGAGUGCAAGACGCACGCGGGGUCCAGCAAGUUCCACUGCUGGGCCGGCUUCGUCGUGCUCCCGGUCUCUGGCCUGAUCAUCGGGUAUCCGCGGGGCCAGCGCCGCUUUCGGCGCGCCUCCAGACAAGUUCUAGAGGGCUCGAAAGCAUCCUGCAGGGAAUCGGUUUCUGCUGCGAGCGGGAGGGCGGACCUGACCAACUGGCUGGGCAUAAACCUGAUCUUCAAGCCUGUGUGGCCCCACCUCUACUGUGGCGGCUACGUCAACUUCCAGGGCGUUUUCCUGAAGCGGCAGAAGGAGGUGUCUCAGCAGAUGACGCAAAUGAUCUGCAGCAAGCUGGUCACUGCUCGAAAGAUGCUGGAGUACGUGGUCAAGAGAGAGGAGAUCCUCAAGAUGGUAGAGGAUCUUUUCAAGAAGCACGUCGAGGAAGCCAUGAACACGCAGACCAACGCAGUGCGGCCCCUGGGAGAGCCCCUUCCUUCGCAUGCGCUGGGGAGAGGCGUGUUCUUGUAG